AUGGUUCGAGGAACGGUGCUCGGAGCCUACAGUCUCUUCACUUAUGCUUUGUCAUUCCAGAGCGUGCUAGCAUCGUCUUCGGCCGACUCUUGGAGCCUGGGAGGAGGGUUUGUGCUUCACAGGAACGAAGACCUUUUGGAGAUCACAGAUUCAGGGAACAACAUUUGGAAGACCGUUCCUAGGAAGCCGUUCAUCAGUGCCAGUGCGGGCAAUGAUUCAGUCACCGGACGCGAUGGAGCAUUCAACAUCACGCAGGUCGAUUUAGACACAUGCCAGGAUCAAGACAUCAAAACCAUCAAGGAGAUUGCUUGGGACGGCACGAUCUCUGGCAAAGCUGCCCAAAUCAGCGGUCUUCUCUCAAAUUGCGGCAACGCAACAGCGCCAUACCAGCUCACCUUCUGGGUUCCAGCGAGCUUGAGUGAUCGAGUGGCAUUCUACCUCAACAUCAGCGCUUCCACAAACGCGGCUCGGCCAUUGAAGAAGCUCUACUUCAGCUUUGCUUCUUCAGCAAGUGAGGACUUCUACGGACUUGGCGGACAGGGUUCCUUCGCCUCUCUCAAGAACAACAGCUUUCCGAUCCUCACUCGCGAGCAGGGCGUGGGAAAGGGCGAUGAGCCAAUCACGUCCCUCCUGAAUGCCAAUGGUGCCAUCACCGGUGGAAGCAAGUUCACUUCGUACACUGCUGUAUCGUCGUAUAUAUCCACCGACGGCAAUUUAUUUCACCUCACUGACGAGAGUACCGGCUACGCAAACUUCGACUUCACCAAACCAGACGAGGUCACCAUUCGGUACGACUCUUUGAGCGUUGGCGGGGCCUUUACGCAGAAAAUAGAUCUUCUGCAGGCCAUCGAAGCGCUCACCGCUUAUACCGGACGCAUGCCCGCUCUGCCAAAAUGGGUUGAUGAAGGCGCUAUUCUAGGCAUCCAAGGAGGUCAAGACAAAGUCAAUAAAAUUAUCGAGCAAGGCUUGAGCAAGGAUGUCAAAGCACCAAUCGCCGGUGUGUGGUUGCAGGACUGGUGCGGCACUCACAGCCAGGUCGGUAACUACGUCAACAUCUCUCGACUUUGGUGGAACUGGGAGAACGACGAGGUGCUGUACCCAGAUUGGCCCAAAUUCGUGGACAGUCUGCGAGACAAUCACAAGAUUCGGACGCUGUCAUACAUGAACGUGUUUCUGGCGAAUGUGUCCACCAAGUCCACUGGCUACCGCAGAAACUUGUACGAAGAAGCCGACGCAGCCCACUACUUCGUACAGAACACCACGACCAAAUCGACAGCCACCAUCUCCAGCGGACCAGGUCUUAUCGCAGGGGUCAUUGACUUGACCAACCCGGAUCUGCGCAAGUGGUUCAAAGAUGUGCUUCUCAAGCAAGUCUGGAAUGCGAAGAUCAGUGGAUUCAUGUCCGACUUUGGCGAGUACACUCCUCUCUCGGGAGAUGUCGCCGAGUACAAAAUGGUCUCCGACGCCUUCUUCUCUCAUAACGCAUAUCCUGCAAGAUGGGCAGAGUUCCAGCGUUCAAUCGUGGAGGAGCUCGGACUCCAAGGCGAAGCACUUCUUUUUCACCGCAGUGCUUCGACCGGAUCUAAUCGUAACAUGAAUCUCUUCUGGGUGGGCGAUCAGAACGUCGACUGGGGCGUCAACGACGGCAUCAAAUCUGUGGUCACGUUGAUGGUCCACAUGGGCAUGUCAGGCUACUCCCAGCAACAUUCAGAUGUCGGUGGCUACACGACGGUCCUGACGAACGCCAACUUCAACAUUACACGCUCACCUGAGCUUCUGGGUCGCUGGGGCGAGCUCGCAGCCGUCAGCAGUGUCGUGUUCCGCUCUCACGAAGGCAACAUUCCGUCCGUUAACGCCCAGUUCUACAGCAACAUCACUACAUACAGCUACUACGCAUACAACGCCCGAAUGUUCGUCUCCCUCGGCAAGUACAGACGCCACAUUCUCGAGAAGGAGAGCGAGCCCAAAGGCUGGCCAGUACUUCGACCUCCGGUCAUCUACCACCCGCAAGACCUCCGCGCGCGGAACAUCAGCUACCAAAGCUUCUACCUUGGGAGGGACUUGUAUGUCGCGCCCGUGCUGGAUCCUCAGACAUUUGAGGUGGAUGUAUAUCUGCCGGGCACUGGAACCUUCAUGCAUGUAUGGACUGGAGUGACGUACAAAGGAGGGCAGGAUGUCAAGGUCCCAGCGCCAUACGGCAAGCCGGCGGUGUUUGUGGUGAACGGCGCCAAAACGGCGGAAUUGCAGCCAUUCCUCGACUUUGUGAAGAAGGAGAACAAUACUGCACUUUCGAUAGAGUAG